GGACACGCUGAUAUAAGGCAAAGCGAUUGUUUUACAUUCUUUAAUUCACUUGAGAAGAUCGAAUCGAGCAGGAGGUGAGAAGAUCGAAUUGCAGGUGCAAAAUGAGCGGAAAAGGGAAGAGUAUUGCAGAGAAAGCCGCGAAGACGAUCGACUGGGAUGGCAUGGCGAAGUUUCUCGUGACUGACGCCGCACGCAAGGAGUUCAAAAAUCUUCGUAACACUUACGAAGAGGUUAAGCGCACUCUCGACACAAAGUUCAAUCAGGAACCACAACCAAUUGAUUGGGAAUACUACAGGAAGGGGCUAGGUUCAAAUAUAGUUGACAUGUACAAACAAGUUUAUGACAGUAUUGAAAUCCCCAAAUAUGUUGAUAAAGUCACUCCACAAUACAAGCCAAAAUUCGAUGCCUUGCUUAAAGAGGCUAAAGAAGCAGAACAAAAAUCAUUGCAAGAGUCAGAAAGGCUGGACAAAGAAAUUGCCAAGAUUCGGGAACUGAAGAACAAAAUUACGACCAUGACUGCUGAUGAGUACUUUGCAGAGUACCCGGAACUCAAGAAACAGUUUGAUGAAGAAAUUAAAAAUGAUUACUGGGGAUAUUGAGGAGAAGCAAAAUUCUGUCGCUGCAAAUGCAAUAAAUGAUGUUAUGCUGGUAACAUUGUGACUGAUGAAAAAUUCCAGCAGACAAUUGCCAGAUAUUGGAGAGCAUUUUUCCUUUUAAUUAGUUUAAUUCUGAAAUAUGUGUUUCCUCAAGAGCAUGCUGGUCUAGCAUAUUUUCUAAUGCAAACAUUCUUUCAUGUAAAACUGCUUCUAUUCAUGACUACGUAAUGUUUUUUGCAAAUUUGCAAGUGAUAAAAGCCCUAACAAUUUGUCCUCAAGUCAA